AGAUCUUAUAUGUAGUUUUUUCGUGUUGAUUUCUAUUUUCUUGAACAAAGAAAGAAAAGAAGAUGAAGAGUUUUUUCUUUCCUUUUUUUUAUAAAUUAAAAUUGUACACUUUUUUAUCUCUAGCAGCAUGUAAUUUCUUUACUAAUGUUUCUAUUUUGAUUCUUAAAUCAUGCAGUUCUUUCAACGACUUAUAUUGAAGUGUAGCUUUUUUUUUUUUGCUACGAAUACAUUGGCUGUUGCUAUAGAGUGAAGGGUUACUUCACUUGCAUCACCUUCGUCUUCCAUACCCUUGUUACGGCUGACAAGUUGGACACUUCGGUUCAGACUCAGAUGGCUGAUGCUGUUUCCAAUGGUGUAUGCAAUGGUGAGUACCGCGCUAGAACACGGCGUGUUUUUGUUCAGACAGAAACUGGUUGUGUCUUGGGAUUAGAAUUGGAUCGAAAUGAUAAUGCUCACACUGUUAAAAGGAAGUUACAGAUUGCCUUCAAUGUUCCUACUGAUGAGAGCUCUUUAACAUUUGGUGAUCUUACUUUAAGCAAUGAUCUUAGUGCCAUUCAGAACGAUUCGCCGCUUCUUCUUACUCGAAAUGUGAUGCAUAGGAGUUCAUCGACUCCGUGUCUCUCUGGGAAGAAUCUUCAGCAGAGAGAUCGGGGUAGUCUGAUUGAGAUAUUAGGGUGCUCAAAGCGUUUUAGUGGAGCUAUUGGGCUUGUGAAGGAAAUUGUUAAGGCAAUCAAGAAUGGUGUUGAUCCGAUCACUGUGAAUAGUGGGCUAGGUGGUGCUUAUUACUUUAGAAAUAUCAAGGGAGAGAACAUUGCGAUAGUGAAGCCGACAGACGAGGAACCUUUUGCGCCUAAUAACCCGAAAGGCUUCAUAGGGAAAGCUCUUGGACAACCUGGCCUGAAACAUUCAGUGAGAGUUGGAGAAACGGGAUUUCGAGAAGUAGCUGCAUACCUUUUAGAUUAUGAUCACUUUGCCAAUGUGCCUCCAACUGUUCUUGUGAAGGUUACUCACUCGGUCUUUAAUGUAAACGAUGUCAUGAAUGGGAACAAGUUUCAAAACGCGAAGAAGGUCAGCAAGAUCGCAUCGCUGCAGCAGUUCAUUGCUCAUGAUUACGAUGCUAGUGACCAUGGAUCCUCGAGCUUUCCGGUUGAUGCUAUACAUAGAAUAGGAAUAUUGGAUGUUAGGAUCCUUAACACUGACAGGCAUGGUGGGAACCUUUUGGUUAGGAAACUUGGUGGAGUUGGGGGCUUUGGCAAAGUGGAUCUCAUUCCCAUAGAUCAUGGCCUUUGCUUGCCUGAGAGCUUGGAGGACCCAUAUUUUGAGUGGAUCCAUUGGCCUCAGGCAUCGAUUCCUUUUUCUGAGGAGGAACUUGAGUAUAUAAAGAAUAUUGAUCCAAUUCGUGACUGUAAUAUGCUGCGGGCAGAGUUGCCUAUGAUUCGAGAGGCAUGCCUCCGCAUUUUGGUUCUCUGCUCGAUAUUCCUUCAGGAAGCUGCUGCAUUUGGAUUGUGUCUUGCUGAAAUUGGUGAAAUGAUGAGCAGGCAGUUCAAUGUCCAACAAGAAGAACCAAGUGAACUUGAGGUCAUAUGCCUUGAGGCAAAAGAACACUUGAGGGAGAUCGACUUGUCAUUCUUUGAGGCUGAUGAAAGAGAUGAUGAGUUUCAGUUUGACAUGGACUGUGAGACAGCACAGUUUAAUGUGGCCCCUAAUAUGUCUGGAAAGUCGUCUGUUAAAGCAUCCCUUCAUUACGAGUUUGGAAGUGUGAAUGACCAAAGCUUUCUAGCUCAAGUAGAUGAGACCGUUGAAGAAUCUGAAAUACGAGUUGAUGAGGAUCGAUUUCGCACUGCUUCAAGGUCGUUUCCCUCCUUGAAAAAAGUAAACUUGGGUGAGAAAGGCUUCCACUACCAUGGUGGAAAACCAGAAGGGAAUUAUACAAUGGGUUACUCUUACUCAUUUAGGAUGAGUAGAAGUGCCAAUGAGCAACUUCCUACAUCGAUAAGCUUCGUAAAGUUUGUUGACUUGAAUGAGGAGGAAUGGAAUCUCUUUAUUGUGAAGUUCAAAGAGCUUCUUUACCCUGCUUUUGCCAAUCACCGGUCUCGAACAAUUGGACAUAGACAAAGGCUUGGUACUUCGUGCCAGUUUUGAGUUAGUUAACUAUCCUGUUAAUGUGGAUUUGCAGGUCUGAAGAAUAAGAUUCUGGUGCUGGAAAUCUGUUUUCUUUUCUUUUUCUUUUUUUGAAUCGGUCUUCUUUCUGGAAAUAUAGGUCCGGAAGAAGAAAUCAUCGAUGUUAAGAAUAGUCUAUGUUGUAAAUAUACCAGGGAUCAGAGUUUAAGCAAUCAGA